CUCCGAUCGAAGAGGAAGACGCAAGCGCAACAAUGGCCCUGCUCCCGUCUUGAGCUCGUCUCCCUCGACCCCCCUGACCUCUUCUUCUCCGUUAGCUCGGCUCCUACACCGUGCGCUACAGCCAUCGCCGCCCUGCUGUACCAUACCGUCACCGCCGACGCUUCAAUCCACGGCCCCCUACCCCCGGCUCCGAAACACCCCCGCCUCUCACGCGUCGCCAUCAUCCCCUUUCCUGGUUUUCUGAGAUCCUGCUGCCCCACCCCGCCUGCAAGUAUCUGUAUCAGAGGACAGAUAAAGAAUGGCUGCACGAGACACCCUUAUGACCACUGAGGAUGACUAUGAGACUCAACAGAAGAAGCAAGCGGCUGCAGAUGUUCUUUUCCAAUAUUCACAAUUUGCUAUGGUGUGCAUUGGUGAGGGAGUUCGCCCCUCAGAUCUCCGGUUGCAUCUUAUGAAGGAAGUUUCAGGGAUGUCCACCUCUUUGAAGGAAGAGCCACAGCAGGCAGCUGCCUCCCCUGAUUCUAGCGGCGAACCAUCAUCCUCUGGGACAAUGAAGGAAGACAGGAGCGAAAUCCCCUAAGCUUCAUCUGCAUCUUGCAGUGAGAUGAAAGUAACUCUGGGUGAUAGGCACUGAUUUGUGAUCAUAGAGAUGCAAAUAAGUUAGCGUUCUUGCUGUGGGCAUCCUGCCAGUUUGGUUUAAAAUGCAGAACACGUUUUCUUAAUAGAUUGUAAAGUUUAUGAUAUCUUUAGGAAAACACGUCUAUGCUCAUAUAUUUCUGCUGUAUGAACAUGCCUAUAAUUGCAGAACGUUAUAGUGGUGCAGUUCUGUCUUUUCUGCUCAA